AUGUUUCUCAUUUCGAUACCAAUUGAAAAUUAUACUGAUGCUAAAUGGUUAAAAUUGAGAACUGUUGCUCUUAACUUUUCGAUAUUUUCGAAUAUACGAAUUCCGAAAUUUCGAACAGCUCCAAAAGCUGAACUUUAUGAAUUAUUGGAAGAUCUAUUACAACUGGAUAAUUCAGUUGAAAAUCUACUUCGAUCUUUACUAUGUACUUUUGAGGGUGUUCUACAAGCGGAAGGUGUCGAUUUAUUGGAACAUUUAGUAAUGCAUAGGCGUAGAUAUGGUGAAAAUAUUACCAAUUUCUCAUGGAAUACAACCAAAUAUUCACCAUAUUUGCUAUUAUCUGAUUUAUGUCAUCUAUUUUACAAAUAUUUUCGUGAUCUUGAUCAGCAGAUGCGAAGUAAUGUUGCAACAUAUAAGGAAAAUUUGAAAAUAGCCACCGAAUAUAUCAGUUUUGAGGAAACAUUAGCCACUCAAAAUUUAACUUUAUUAAUACGUGAGGAAACGGUUAUCGAUACGCCAUAUAUUGAAUCAGUUUAUGUAGCUGUACCACAGCAAUCUGUUCAUACCUGGUUAAAUGUCUAUGAAACACUUCAUGAUUCAGUGGUAUCAUGUUCCAGUUGUUUUAUUAUCGAAGAUAAUGAUUAUAAGUUAUAUUCAGUAGCAAUUGUUCGUGAUGAUUUUUUGGAAUUUCGAGAUAAUUGUGCUGAAAUUGGUUUCAUUGCUCGAGAAUAUCAAUCUGAUGAGGAUGAAUUUGCUAGAAAACUUCAUGAACAUCGUAAGCUUGAGGAAGCUACACAAUAUCAAAAUAUAAUGCUUGUUCAAUGGCUUAAAAUGAUUGCUGAAGAUAUAUUUGAAGUGUUAAUUCAUAUUAAGGUAUUCCGAGCAUAUAUUGGAAGUUUGACACAAUAUGAUCAAGAUAAAUUUCAAAUUAUUAUGUUUUAUCCACGAAGAAAUGCGACGCAACGAUUGCUAUUUGAAUUGAGGAAAUUGUUUGAAGAAGAAUAUAUGGAAGCAACAGAUCAAUCGGAUACGGAAGAAGAAUUGGUACAAGUACACUACUAUCCACCUUUCCUAAUCUAUAAAGUAGGUCUAGCCUUACCGGAAUACUAA